AUGAUUUCUAGCAUUUUCCUCCUCAGUACCAUCCUAGUACUCUCAGCGGCGGCACCGGCAGCGGAGCUCCGAGGCUAUGUUGUGUACACCGGCGCGGCGAGCCCCAGCAACCUCGCCCUCAAGGAAGCCAUCAUCAACCGCAUGAGCGGCCAGCUGCUGAGAACCUACCGUCACGGGUUCUCGGGUUUCGCGGCCAGGCUGUCACCGCAGGAGGCUACCUUCAUCUCGAUGCAGCCAGGAGUGGUGUCGGUGUUUGAAGACACUUACUUGAAGUUGUUGACCACGCGGUCAUGGGGUUUCCUAGCAAGUUUGGAGGGUUCUUACGCCAAUCCCGCUUACCCUUACGCCUGCUCCUCUGAUAUCGUGGUCGGAUUCAUAGACUCCGGUAUAUGGCCGGAGUCGGAGAGUUUCCGACCAGCCAGCAGCGCCCCGCCGCCGGUAGGGUGGAACGGCACCUGCCAAACUUCUAAAGACUUCAACAUGAGUUCCUGCAACGGGAAAAUCGUGGGAGCCCGUUUCUACGUGGGGGAGAGCGCGAGGGACGUGGAAGGACACGGCUCCCACGUGGCCUCCACCGCCGCCGGGAUGGAAGUCAAAGCCUCCUACUACGGCCUGGCCGCCGGGACAGCGAGAGGGGGGUCCGAAUCCGCAAGAAUAGCUGUUUACAAGGCCUGCUUGCCGCUCUUCGGCUGCCUGUCGUCGGCCAUCCUCAGUGCGUUCGACGACGCCAUCCGUGACGGCGUAAACGUCAUUUCGGUGUCGGUAGGCAGCACGCAGCUCACUCCUCUGGACUUCACCGAGGACCCUAUCGCAAUAGGGGCCUUUCAUGCGACGGAGCGGGGCAUCCUCGUGGUCUGUGCAGGCGGGAAUUCCGGGCCGGCUCGAUCUAGCAUCAAGAACGACGCGCCCUGGAUCCUCACGGUGGCGGCUUCCACAAUGGACAGAAACUUCGAAACCAACGUGGUCCUGGCCGGAGCCAACAAAACUAUCAAAGGUCGAUCGAUCGGGUUUUCCAAGUUGAGUAGGUCCCCAAUAUACCCUUUGACCACCGGCGAGGCAGCUGUCGACAAGAACCGGCAAGCAGCAAGGGAAUGCCACUUGGAUUCUCUCAAGGCAUCCAAGGUGAAAGGGAAGAUAGUAGUUUGCGAAACGUCGGCUUCGACAACCUAUCUGUCCGACCAAAGAGCCGAGAUAGUAUCCAAAGGUGGUGUUGGUAUGGUGGUGGUAAGCGACACGGAGAGUAGGGUGCCUGGCUUCUAUGGUGACUUUCCGAUUACCAUCGUGAGUUUGGAAGAAGCUAACAAGUUGAUGACCUAUCUGAACACUACCAGGAACCCCAUGGGAACAAUCCUUGGAACAGUGACGGUUGGGCACCAGAAGCCUGCUCCAGAAGUGGCCUUCUUCUCUUCAAGGGGGCCAUCCAUGGUCUCGGGAAACAUAAUCAAGGCAAGUUUCAUUUUGCCGGACAUCACCGCGCCGGGGGUGGCUAUCUUGGCGGCCUGGACAGGCAACGACUCCUCCAUAGCGACGCCAACCGGAAGAGCUCCACCGGCAUAUAUCAUUAUAUCGGGGACAUCCAUGGCGUGUCCCCACAUCUCCGGUGUGGCCGCCAACGUAAGGUCCGCCGUUCCCACCCUCACUGCCGCCGGCGUUAAGUCCGCCAUCAUGACCACAGCUGUGUCCACCAACAAUUUAGGGACGGCCAUCACCACCGAUGAAGGCGACUGGGCCACCCCCUACGACAUUGGCGCCGGCAUCCUCCAGCCAACAAGAGCCUUGAGACCGGGUCUCAUCUACGACACCACAGCCGAUGAAUACCUUCAGUUUCUGUGCUACCACGGGUACAACACCACCACCGUCAAGUCGAUCUCGAGGACAGCCGCAAGAAGCUUCCGAUGCCCUGCCGGUGGUGCCAACCGCGACCUCAUCUCUUCCCUCAACUACCCCUCCAUCUAG